GGGCGGGGCAGGGCCGGGAUGAGGCGUGUGCGGGGCUGCGAAGAGGGAAGGGGCCGGGCUCGGAGCCAUGAAGCUGAACAUCGAUGGGCUGCUGGUGUAUUUCCCCUAUGACUACAUUUACCCGGAGCAGUACUCAUAUAUGCUGGAGCUGAAGAGGACGCUGGAUGCCAAGGGCCAUGGCGUGCUGGAAAUGCCCUCAGGGACUGGGAAGACCAUUUCCCUCCUGUCACUCAUUGUGGCCUACCAGCGGGCCCAUCCGCUGGAGGUGACCAAGCUGAUCUACUGCUCCAGAACCGUGCCUGAGAUCGAGAAGGUCAUUGAGGAACUACGGAAGCUCCUGGAUUUCUAUGAGAAGCGGACGGGGGAGAAGCUCCCCUUCCUCGGCCUGGCUCUGAGCUCCAGGAAGAACCUCUGCAUCCACCCCGAGGUGAGCUCGCUGCGGUUCGGGAAGGAGGUGGACAGCAAGUGUCUGAGCCUGACGGCGUCGUACGUGCGGGCGCAGCAGCAGUGGGACAGCGCCAUCCCCUCGUGCCGCUUCUUCGAGGAGUUCGAUGCCCAUGGGCGGCAGGUGCCCAUCCCCUUUGGCGUCUACAACCUGGAUGACCUCAAAGGGUACUGUCGACAGAAGGGCUGGUGCCCCUACUUCCUCGCCCGCUACUCGAUCCUCCACGCCAACAUUGUCGUGUACAGUUACCACUACCUGCUGGACCCCAAGAUCGCAGACCUGGUGUCCAAGGAGCUGGCCAAGAAAUCCGUUGUCGUAUUUGACGAAGCUCAUAACAUUGACAACGUGUGCAUCGACUCCAUGGGGGUGAACAUCACGCGCCGGACGCUGGAUCGCUGCCAGGCCAACGUGGCCACGCUACAGGCCACCAUCCAGAAGAUUAAGGAGACGGAUGCUCAGAAGCUGAAGGAGGAAUACAGGCGGCUGGUAGAGGGGCUGAGAGAGGCCAACGUUGCCCGGGAAACGGACAUCUACCUGGCCAAUCCGGUGUUGCCCGACGAGAUUCUCCAAGAGGCCGUGCCUGGGAACAUCCGGACAGCUGAGCACUUUGUGGGCUUCAUGAAGCGCUUCCUGGAGUACCUGAAGUCGCGGCUGCGGGUCCAUCACAUGGUGCAGGAAAGUCCCCCCUCCUUCCUCAAGGACGUCUUUGAGAAGGUGUGCAUCGAGCGCAAGCCACUGCGGUUCUGUGCCGAGCGGCUGCGCUCCCUGCUCCGCACGCUGGAGAUCGUGGACAUCGCUGACUUCUCUCCCAUCACCCUCAUCGCCAACUUCGCCACGCUCGUCAGCACUUACGCCAAGGGCUUCACCAUCAUCAUAGAACCCUUCGACGACAGGACCCCCACCAUCGCCAACCCCGUCCUGCAUUUCAGCUGCAUGGAUGCCUCCAUCGCCAUCAAGCCAGUCUUUGAGAGGUUCCAGUCGGUCAUCAUCACCUCGGGGACGCUGUCCCCGCUGGAUAUAUACCCCAAGAUCCUGGAUUUCCAUCCUGUUACCAUGGCCACCUUCACCAUGACUCUGGCCAGGACCUGUCUCUGCCCCAUGAUUGUGGGGCGAGGAAACGACCAGGUGGCCAUUAGCUCCAAGUUCGAGACCCGCGAGGACAUUGCUGUGAUCCGGAACUACGGCAACCUGCUGCUGGAGAUGUCUGCGAUCGUGCCUGAUGGCAUUGUGGCCUUCUUCACCAGCUACCAGUACAUGGAAAACAUCGUGGCCUCGUGGUACGAGCAGGGCAUCCUGGAGAACAUCCAGCGCAACAAGCUCAUCUUCAUCGAGACGCAGGACGGGGCCGAGACCAGCAUGGCGCUGGAAAAGUACCAGGAGGCCUGCGAGAACGGGCGGGGAGCCAUCCUGCUGUCUGUGGCCAGGGGAAAGGUGUCCGAAGGCAUCGACUUUGUGCACCACUACGGGCGAGCUGUGAUCAUGUUCGGCGUACCCUAUGUCUACACCCAGAGCCGCAUCCUCAAGGCACGGCUGGAGUACCUGCGUGAUCAGUUCCACGUUCGGGAGAACGACUUCCUGACGUUCGACGCCAUGCGGCACGCGGCGCAGUGCGUGGGCCGGGUCAUCCGUGGCAAGACAGACUACGGGCUCAUGGUCUUUGCAGACAAGCGUUUUGCCCGGGCAGACAAGCGGGGGAAGCUGCCACGCUGGAUCCAGGAGCACAUCACGGACGCCAACCUCAACCUCACGGUGGACGAGGCCGUGCAGGUGGCCAAGUACUUCCUGCGCCAGAUGGCCCAGCCCUUCCACAAGGUGAGCGCUGUCCUGCAGCAGGGGGAGGCGGGGAUGGUCCCGGCCCUGGAGGGGGAACUGGCUGUAAGCUCAGCCCAGUGUGCUGGCCUGAGCCCUGCUCUCACAGGCUGUGUGGUUUUGGCAGGAGGACCAGCUGGGCCUGUCCCUGCUCACGCUGGAGCAGCUGCAGUCGGAGGAGAUGCUCCGCAAGGUCGAGCAGAUCGCGCACCAGGUGUGAGCCGGAGCAGCACCAGGGCCUUGUUUGAUACUGACUUUUAUACUGAAAAUGACUGUCUGGGACUCAGCAAUAAAGACCAGGCCAGAGCCCGUGUGCUGUGUGAUCACCCUGCCCCAGCCACUGUGAACCAGGAGACCACUACAGAAGGGUGCUGUCCCCCUACCUAGCUGGGUCAGCAGCACGGGGCUGGGUGCCCCCACUGCAUCACUGAGUCUGGGCAUCUGCUGCCUGGGGUGGGGGUGGUAUUCCCCCCACCCUGCAGGAUUUUAACUGCGGGGGCUGGAGCCCUGCCUGGGUGGUAACAGUGCCGGCCCGCUGCCUCCCAGAGGGGCCGGGGGAGCUUUUCCUCCUCCCGGGCUUGAGCCCUGACACACACCCAGAGCCAGCAGUCGCCAAACACCUUUAUUCACGUUGUGCUUGUUCUGCUCUCACCUAUAAAUAGAAUAAAUAGCGAGCCCUGGCCCCUGCAAUCGGGGGGGCGUUAAGGCAGCUGGAGCAGGGCCAGGCCGAGCCCAGGGGCUUCCUGAGAAAGAGCAGCUUGUGCUAUGGGGCCAGAGCAGCCCAGUAGGGGGCAGGCACUGGCUUGGUCUCUCUUAGUUGAGGGGGGGCACAUUCACCGCAUCCAAAGAGGUCCAACCCGGGGGCUGGCUGGGCUGCAGCCAGCCGUGCCCCUUGCUCUGUGUACUCGAGGGUUAACGGGCAGGCUGCGGGUGUGGGGGGCCGUAGCAAGCAGAGCUGAGACUCCAGCUGGCC